AUGAUAAAGCGCACCAAAGUUUCUAUUACGAGGGAAAAGCACACCCCGGAUUACGUUCCGGAGGGAGCUAUCUCGUUCAGCGAUGAAGAUGCUGAGGGCAUUGUACAACCUCACAAUGAUGCACUAGUAAUAUAUGUACUUUUUAAUAAAUCUCAAGUUAAACAUGUAUUGAUUGAUCCUGGUAUCUCAGCCAACAUUAUCAGAUCAAGGGUCGUAGAGCAACUGGGACUACAUGAUCAAAUUGUACCAGCAGUUUGGAUAUUAAAUGGGUUCAAUAUGGCAUGUCAGACCACGAAAGGAAAAAUAACUCUGUCGGUAAACAUUGCCAGGACAACCCAAGAAAUGAAGUUCUACUUGAUCGAAGGGCAUAUGAGAUACAAUGCUUUAUCCAGAAGGCCAUGGGUCCACAACAUGAGGGCAGGACCUUCGACCUUACACCAGGCACCGAAAUUUCCCACGCCGGGGAGAGUCAAAAUGAUCUACAGAAAACAGCCGCCCGUAAGGGAAAUGUUUGUUGUCGAUGAAGUGAUCUCGGUUCCCGCGGUCUUAACAUUGAGAAGCAAGGAACCGACCAAAAAAGAAAAGAUUAAAUAG